GUUUAUCAAAACUUUAUCUUAUCAUCCUCAAUACUGGGGCAAGACAAAGAAUCUACCGUCAGUUCUCACCUUACGUGUCACGAAGCAUGUCUCUCGCUCUUAGAUAAGGAUAAAAGCAUAAUCAUCAAAAAUGGAGGGCAGACUCUUCGCCGCCACCAUCGCUACCGUAGCCCCACAAUUCAAGUUCAAAGCCAAACCAAUAAUAGAAAACUUAGUGUUCAAACUCCACUACAAGGCCACCGUGACGCUGCUGGUGGUGUUCGUGAUCCUGGUGUGUGCCCGGGAGUUCUUCGGAGACCACAUCAAGUGCAUAUCGGAUCAGGGCGUGCCGGACCAUGUUAUACAGACGUAUUGCUUCUUCAUGGCGACCUUUACCAUCGUCCGCCACUACAACGAGAGCCUGCUCCAAUCAGGGUUCCUCCCGCACCCCGGCGUGGGCCCACUCAGCGACGACGACGAGACCCUGCACCACACGUACUACCAGUGGGUCCCGUUCGUCCUCUUCCUGCAGUCCAUAGCCUUCUACAUGCCGCAUUAUGUUUGGAAGAAGAAGGAAGGUGGCAGAAUCAAGGCUCUGGUGGACGGGCUCCAGUACGCCAGCAUCGCGAUCCAAGGUAGCGACGACGAUAUGACCGUCAGCGGCCAAACCGUGCCGUGUCAGAAGACUCUCGACAAGAAACUUGAUAUCAUCAGGAGAGAUAUCAUUAUGAGGUUAAGAGUAACCAGAACGUGGUCGGUGUGGCUGGUGGCCAUGGAGAUAGUGAACAUGCUGCAAGUGAUGCUGCAGGUCUACGUGGUCAACCGCUUCCUGAACGGCCAGUUCAUGGACCUCGGGCCCAAGGUCGUGGGCUUCGGGAACUGGGACUUCAUCGCUGACCCCUUGGAGACUGUGUUCCCUAAGGUAACAAAGUGUAUUUUCCACAAAUACGGUCCGAGCGGCUCUAUACAGCAGCACGACGCCCUCUGUGUGAUGGCUCUGAACAUCAUACACGAGAAGAUAUACGUCAUACUGUGGUUCUGGUUUCUGUUCCUGUUCAUCGUGUCUGUGCUUGCUGUGAUUUGGAGAAUUGGCUCCUUCUUCCUCUAUCGCCGUUCUCUGAGGUUCAACGAGCUGAUGUUCCGUCAAGUGACGGGGGGUAAAUUCAACCCUUACAACGUGAUCAGUGUGGUCAACGGGUGCCAGUAUGGGGACUGGCUGUUCCUCUAUUAUUUGGCGAAGAAUAUGCAGGGCUUUAUAUUCAGAGAACUCUUCGCACGCCUAGCUGAAGAGUUAGAGAAGAGAGACAUGCCGUAUACACAGAGUGGACAUGAGAAGAAGGGGGCGGAGCCAGUCCUGGUCGGCAGAGUGGACUACGAUGAUGAAACACUGCCUUUGAAAGAGAAGACUGCGUUAUGAACAUUGAAGGG